AUGGUGGACGAGCCGGGUGCGGACUUCUGUGGGAGCACCAGGAAGGGGCCAAAACCUCAUGAGCAGCACCUGGCGGGCAUGGACCAUGAAUGGAACGCCCGCCACAGGACAGGCGUCAGAGAGCUGCCACAGAUGGCGACCAAGUCGGGCGCGGACGUCAGAGGGAGCACCGGGGAAGAGACAACAUAUUACAAGCAGCGCCAGGUGGGCGCGGAUGGCAAAGAGAGCACCCAGCACCCUCUGGGUAUGGAGCAGCAGCGGAUGGUGGACACAUGCCACCACACAACACUGAGUAACUCGAUUCCUAACAGCAGUGUGCUGAGGAAGAUGGCCAGCCUCACAGUAGAUAAGAGUAUACUUGAGCAGAGGGUCAAGCGGCCACGCUUUGUGCCAGAGAACCUUGAUUUCCAGAUCUACCAGAAGUUCAAAGGCCUAAUACUGGUAAACUGGUUCCUCUCAGCAUUUCCAGAUGGCCACUACCUGAAGCUGUAUCUGUCAGACCAGGACUUAACAAUUCUUGCAGUGCAAUUCUGCACUCAUCUUCUGGCAGCUGGUGUAAUAUGUCAAAUAUCUGAUAAAGAUGCUGCUGUGGACACUGUCUUCCAGCUGGACCUGAUGUAUCACUGGGCACACACAGAGGCACCAGCAGCAGCACCCCCAACCCCUGGGAAACUGAGAAGUUCAGCUUGGCCUUCUCCUAGCCCUGCAGGAAUUCCACAGGAGUCUGUCAACACUGACACAAUUCGACCUGGGACUCACUGCACAGAAGCUGAAUACCAGCUAAUGAUUAUUGGCCUGAAAAGAGAACACCAUGAAACACUAAACAGGCUGAUACAAAAUCAGGAAGUAGCUUUAUUCAACCUCAGGGGGAAGCAUGCACAGAAGGUCUUUGAGUUAGAACAGAGGAUAACUGAGCUUGAAGAGCAACAAAUGGAAACAAACAAGACCGUAGCUGAUGCUGAGGGUCCACUUCCAUGUCAGAGUCCAAACCCACAGGAGGAGGUUGCGGUGAAGAUCGUGGAACAGGUGGUGCUGGCUGUGGUGGUGGUGCUGGCUGUGGUGGUGGUGCUGGCUGUGGUGGUGGUGCUGGCUGUGGUGGUGGUGCUGGCUGUGGUGGUGGUGCUGGCUGUGGUGGUGGUGCUGGCUGUGGUGGUGGUGCUGGCUGUGGUGGUGGUGCUGGCUGUGGUGGUGGUGCUGGCUGUGGUGGUGGUGCUGGCUGUGGUGGUGGUGCUGGCUGUGUCACUGACAGCCAAAACAAGAUCUGAUUCUGACUAUCCAACAGGAGUAGUAUCUUCCAAAUUUUUCUCUGAGAAGAACCAGAAUAAAAUUAAAACUAAAUCUGAUAACAUGGUUGUAAUGAGAGCUUUGCCUGCAAUUGUUGAAGAACAACCAGAGAAACAUGAAAUUGACAUAAAGAAAGUGAUCAUAACAUGUGAAAAAGCAACAGAUACUAAAGACUUGAUACAGGUGAGGGAGCAGUGUAUCUCAGCUAUGCUGCCUCUCGAAGACUAUACUAUGAAAAUGUCAAGCCCUUCACCACCUCACCCACCUCCAUCCCCUCCACCCCCUGAAAUCGGAGGCCCUCCACCACCACCACACCCUCCACCUCCUCCACCCCCCUUCCCCCUCGGAAUAGGAGGCUCCCCUCUGCCACCCCCUACACUCCCUGGAACGGGGGUCCCUCCGCCACCCCCUCCACUCCCUGGGACGGAGGUCCCUCCGCCACCCCCUCCGCUCCCUGGGACGGGGGUCCCUCCGCCACCCCCUCCGCUCCCUGGGACGGGGGCCCCUCCGCCACCCCCUCCGCUCCCUGGGACGGGGGCCCCUCCGCCACCCCCUCCGCUCCCUGGGACGGGGGCCCCUCCGCCACCCCCUCCGCUCCCUGGGAAGGGGGCCCCUCCGCCACCCCCUCCGCUCCCUGGGACGGGGGCCCCUCCGCCACCCCCUCCGCUCCCUGGGACGGGGGCCCCUCCGCCACCCCCUCCGCUCCCUGGGACGGGGGCCCCUCCGCCACCCCCUCCGCUCCCUGGGACGGGGGCCCCUCCGCCACCCCCUCCGCUCCCUGUGACGGGGGCCCCUCCGCCACCCCCUCCGCUCCCUGGGACGGGGGCCCCUCCGCCACCCCCUCCGCUCCCUGGGACGGGGGCCCCUCCGCCACCCCCUCCGCUCCCUGGGACGGGGGCCCCUCCGCCACCCCCUCCACUCCCUGGGACGGGGGCCCCUCCGCCACCCCCUCCACCCCCUGGGACGGGAGGGCCACUGCCACCCCCUCCACCCCCUGGGAUGGGAAUCCCUCCUCCUCCUCUUCCUCCUCUAGCAGCAGUUGGUGGUCCCCCACCUACAGUACCAGGUGGUCCAAUGCCACUGCCAGUGCCACCUGUUGGAGGAUGGGCUGCUGGAAAAGCCAUGUUGAGGAAAAAGCCUGUGAACCCAACAGUACCUAUGAAACCUUUGUACUGGACUCGAAUUGUUGUGCCAGCGACAGAAAGUCAGACGGCUCUGUGGGAAGAUCUGGAAGAAGCUAAAAUAGAAGACAUUGAUGAAUUUGCAAAUCUGUUCUCUCGACAAGUGACUGAACGGAAACCAGUGAAGAAGAAAGAAGAAAAGCCUACAAAGCAACAAGCAGCAAAACUACUCGACAGCAAACGAUCACAGAAUGUUGGCAUUCUUUCAUCUAGCCUCCAUGUAGAAUUUUCAGAAAUAGAAAAUGCAAUAUACAAUUUUGAUACAUCAGUUGUGAACUUGGAAGCUUUACAACAGAUAUAUGAUUCUAGACCAACAGAAGAAGAAGUUUCCUUAAUUCGGAAUCAUAUUGCAAGUAACUCAAAUAUUCCACUUGACAAGCCAGAACAGUUCCUAUAUGAACUUGCAGAAAUACCAAAUUUUGCUGAACGCAUUGCGUGUUUCAUGUUCCAGUCUGAUUUUGAAGAUGGUAUGUCUUCUAUUGAAAGUAAACUGAACAAUUUAAAAUCGACUUGUCAGUUUCUAACAACAUCAGAGUGUCUGAAGACAGUACUCAGCAUUAUAUUGGCUCUCGGUAAUUAUAUGAAUGGUGGCAAUCGCACACGUGGACAGGCAGAUGGAUUUGGAUUAGAAAUUCUGGCCAAGCUACGUGAUGUCAAGAGCAAAGACAAUAGUGUUACUUUGCUUCAUUUUAUUGUAAGAGCAUACAUGAAAAAAUGUGAUGAUCCAUUAAAUCCUGAAAUGGCUUUACCUGUACCUGAACCAGGAGAUAUUGAAAGGGCGGCAGUUGCUAAUUUCGAAGACCUCACUGUUGACUUACAAAAACUAGAGAGGGACUUGACAGCAUGCCAAAAUAGAACACAAAAAGUUAUUAAGGCCUCUUCAGAAAAUAAUUUACAGCCUUUCAAGGAUAAGAUGGAAUUAUUUGUAACUAGAGCCAAGAAGCAGCUCCUUGGUGAAAAAGAAAAUUUAGAAGAAUGCAAGCAAAAAUUUUAUGGCACUAUGGAUUUUUAUCAAUACCAUCCAAAAGGUAAAAAAGAAGAUGUAACACCUAAAGAUUUCUUUGCUUUGUGGCUACCAUUUUGCCGUGAUUUCAAGGAUAUCUGGAAGAAAGAGCAGCAGAGAUUAAUAAAGGAAAAGUUACAAGAAGUGAAGCAGAAACGUGAGAAAAAACGAGAGAUAGAGAAAUCAAAAAUAACAGAUGGUGGAUUGAAAGCAAGAGUACAGAUGCGAGCAAAGAUGACACCUGUGAGUUGA